GGUAGAACACAACAGGGCCGGCUCCCACACUCCACCGACACAUGGGCUGGUUUUGGAGUGGUUGGCAGCAGCAGCCAUCGGAGACGGGAACUCGAACUCACACCACGCCCAGCCCGGCACAUGGAGGCUCUCACCAGCAGCUGAAUACCGUGGCAUGGUGCCUGGUCACCGCCGUCGUGGUCACUGGUGGUCCGCUCAUCUACAAACGACAUCUUCGGCGGGUGCGCAAUGUCGACUAUCUCACUCCCCGACAGUUCAGAACGAAGACUCUAUUCGGCCAUGUCACGCGCGUGGGCGACGGCGACAACUUCCGCUUCUACCACACUCCUGGCGGCAGACUGGCUGGCUGGGGUUGGCUGAGAAGUAUACCCACCAAAGCGGGUGAUCUGAAGGACGAGACGCUUCACGUGCGAAUCGCAGGCAUAGAUGCACCAGAACUGCCGCACUUUGGCAGGCCGGGACAGCCACACGGACAAGAUGCCAUCGAAUGGCUGAACAAUCAGCUCUUGGAUCGUCGUGUGCGUAUCCGGCCACUCAGCAAAGACCAAUAUGGCCGUGUCGUUGGUACGGUGCGCAUGCCCUACAGGUUGUGGAAUAGAGAUCCGGGAAUGCAGAUGAUCAAGGCUGGCUGGGCCACGGUAUACGAUGCAAAAUCGGGCGCCGAGUACGGCGGUCAAGAGCAGGAGUACAGAGAUGCUGAGGCCAGGGCUAAGAAGAGGAGGGUGGGUAUGUGGGGAGGGCAGAACAUGAUUGGAAAGCUGUUGGGCAAGAAGCAAGAACCUCUCGAGAGUCCCAGAGAGUUCAAGGCGAGGACAAAGAAAGAGGAGAUUUCGCCAAAAUGAUCCCUUAGUUUGUCCAUACUCCGGCUUGUGUAUGACUGGAGCUGGAGCUGGAGUUGGAGCUGACUGGAGAACGCAAGAGAAAUCAAUGAGGGGAUACCACCUUGCGGAGAAUCAAACGAGACAAGGGUUACGCUUUGAUGUCCUGGUUUCACGGAAGUUCUCGAGCAUUGGUCACCACAAGACGAUGCUGUACGUGUGGUAUUCUGCGAAGUUCCUCUCGAGAUCCUUCUGAUCAGUACCAAGCGCGGCCCACAAAAAUGCUUGCAGGUCUAGACAGAAAUGGCUAUUUGCAGAGUGUCUGAAGGCCGAUGCAUCAAAUGCUUCUCGACAGCCCGCGAAUAUCAUGCUGCUUCCCAGGUACCGGGACGACCCUCACGUGGGCCCGCUCCUGCCACACCCAGCAUAUCAAAGAUCUCGAAACAUAUCCUUCCAGUGAAGGACGCCAAAGAAGCUUCCACCAGGCAUGUUAUGCAUGCCACUAUCUCAAAUAAUGCCCCACCGCGCCACAAGAUAGCAUAUUCGCCGCGCUAUGUGCCCGCCGUUGGGAAGCAUAUGGCUGGAACUAUACGCUGAUCUGAAAUUACCUCCCAACUCACUGCGGCGGUGAUCACGAUGCGGACGUUGGCAAGACGUAGGAUUAUCGCACUGUCGUCGUCGAAACUUGCCCAAGGUGCAAGCCAGAUCUGUAUCCGGAUCUCUCGUCUGGCCUUUUCCACGCUUUAACAGGAAGUAACUUGGACACGCCGAGACAGAUCAACAUCCAAUGGCACUUGGACUAGAUUGGUGAAAUCGGGCGUCUAGAGAGUUAUGUAGUCAUGAUGAUAAUCUAUCGGCGGUAAAUCG